AUGUUUGAGAGCACUGCAAAUGAUUCAGCGUUUCUGAUCGAUUGCCGCGAGAGUGAGAGGAAAGACAUCGGUAAUGCACGUGUCUCGUUUUACAUUGUUGCAAAUCUUGGAUGGAGAACUUUCAGAGUUUCAUCUUGCGCUCUUAUAAAUCAACAAGACUGGGAAAUACCUUGAGAUCUUUUUAAAUAAUUCAAAUUUAUUUCACUUAUUACAUGAAAUGUGAUUAUAUUUCAUAAUAUGAAAUGUAAUCGUUAUAUUAUGAAAUAUAAUCAUGAUGUCUUUUCAACUCAAAUUAUUAAAACUUUUUUAAAAGAAAGGUCAAGAAUUAGAAAAAGAUCUAUUUACAAGAUCUACCAUAUGUAUUCAGUAGUUUAACCAGCAUAAUAAGGCAUUUGUAUGUUCAUCGUGAUUUUGAUAGUCCUUUUAGCUGGGCCCCCAUGCUUUGAAAUGAAAUGAAGAAAGGCAAGAAUAUCGUUAACAAAUAUUACUUUUUUUUCAAAUACUUAUCAUCAAUUGUCAACAAGCCACAGUGCAAUUUAAUACUUUUCUUUUUCUUUUUAGAAGCCAUACGCUUGAAUCGAGACAUAGUAAUUCAAUUUUAACAGAUUAAAAGGAUAUAGAGAUAUGUAGAUCUUUCUUAAGAAUGCAUGCACUCAAAUGAAUCUAUCAGUUCUCACUAGAAAUACGAUGGAAGCACGUGUAUACUACGUUGUAUACGUCAGAGAUGGAAAAGGAAAGAGAAAGAGAGACAGAGGGAGAGAGGAAUUCAAAUCCAGUCGAUGGAAAUGUUACUGUAAAUCCGCGUCAAGAUCAUGGCUGACGUCAUCCUCUGACGCACCACCAUCUGACAUAUCCUGUACUGUCCAUCGAACGUUCAAAGUUACAUUUUCUAUUGAUUUUUCAGCUACGUAUAAACCUUACAGAAAGAAGUCUCAUUACUAUUGUUUCAUUGAAAACAAUAAUCUUGAUAAUAUGAAACUUCGUAUCAAAUUAAAAUUAACAAAGUGGAGAGAAAAGUUGAAGAGAAGGAGCAGCCUCUGCGAGCGUGUGAGUGAUCACGUCCUGUACUUUCCUAAGCACCUGCGGAGUCAGAACGAAUCCGGCAGGUGCAAAAAGGAUACGGGAAACCCCGAAGACUUUAUGCAAUCCUCGCUGAACGGGUAAGUCGGUAGUCGGUGUUGCUAUAAAAUUGAAUUACAACGUGAGAGUUGCGAUAUCCGACAAUUUAUCAGUGACUCGCGCAAAUUUCAAAUAAUUAUUAUUGGUUAUUUUAUAUAUAUAUUUUUUUUUUAAUUUAUUUAAUUUCCAUCGAGUUUGAAGAGUUUACUGAUCAAACGAAAAAGGAGUAACUUUGUUGCGAUAGAGUUGAAUACGAGGGUAUAUUUCAUAAGGAAGAUAUUUCUAAGAGAAGCGUAAAAAAGAGAACAAGCGGUGGUGUUCGAAGCCUGCAAGGUUUGAAUGUUUAA